GAACACUUUGUUUGUGGUCCUCUAUGAGCGCCAGUCGCAUUGAUUGUUGUUAGCAACGAAGCUAAGCGCUAAAUGUUGUCGUAACAUUUUCAGAGUUAAUUGACGGAAUCUCUGAUUGCAAACAUGAAUUUAGAGUUACUCGAAUCGUUUGGUCAGAACUACCCCGAGGAGGCAGAUGGCACCCUCGACUGUAUCAGUAUGGCCCUCACCUGCACCUUCAACCGCUGGGGCACCCUGCUGGCGGUGGGCUGCAACGACGGGCGCAUCGUCAUCUGGGACUUCCUCACGCGAGGCAUCGCUAAGAUCAUCAGCGCCCACAUCCACCCUGUGUGCUCCUUAUGCUGGAGUCGAGAUGGCCACAAGCUGGUCAGCGCCUCAACAGACAAUAUCGUGUCUCAGUGGGACGUCCUGACGGGGGACUGCGACCAGAGAUUCCGGUUUCCAUCGCCAAUUCUAAAACUCCAGUAUCAUCCAAGAGACCUGGACAAAGUUCUGGUCUGUCCCAUGAAGUCGGCUCCAGUGUUGUUGACGCUGUCAGAUUCCAAACACGUGGUCCUGCCUGUGGACGACGACUCAGACCUCAACGUGGUGGCCGCCUUUGACAGACGGGGAGAGUUCAUCUACACUGGAAACGCCAAGGGAAAGAUCCUGGUCCUGAACACCAACACCCAGGAGCUGGUAGCCUCCUUCAGGGUCACCACAGGCACCAGCAACACAACCGCCAUCAAGUCCAUUGAGUUUGCACGCAAGGGCAGUUGUUUCCUCAUCAACACGGCGGACCGGAUCAUCAGGGUGUACGACGGCAGGGAGAUCCUCACGUGUGGCAAGGACGGGGAGCCGGAGCCCCUGCAGAAGCUCCAGGAUCUGGUCAACAGAACUCCCUGGAAGCGCUGCUGCUUCUCUGGAGACGGAGAGUACAUUGUGGCCGGCUCCGCCCGGCAGCAUGCACUGUACAUCUGGGAGAAGAGCAUCGGCAACCUGGUGAAGAUCCUGCACGGGACCAGGGGGGAGCUGCUGCUGGACGUGGCGUGGCAUCCUGUGCGACCAAUCAUCACCUCCAUCUCCAGUGGCGUUGUGUCCAUCUGGGCCCAGAACCAAGUGGAAAACUGGAGUGCCUUCGCCCCGGACUUCAAAGAGCUGGACGAGAACGUGGAGUACGAGGAGAGGGAGUCUGAGUUUGACAUUGAAGACGAGGACAAGAGUGAACCGGAACAGACGGGUGGAGAUGCUGCGGAAGAUGAGGAGGUGGAUGUCACCACUGUGGACCCCAUUAUUGCAUUUUGCAGCAGUGAUGAGGAGCUUGAGGACUACAAAGCCUUGCUGUACCUGCCAAUCGCCCCAGAGGUGGAGGACCCAGAGGAGAACCCUUUCGGACCCCCACCCGAGGCCUCUGGUCAGGUGACCCCCACAGAGGAGGGCCUGGGGACAGGCGACAAGAAGCAGCGGCAGCCCUCGGCCGAUGGAGGGCCGGCUAAGAAGAAGGCCCGCACCACGACCAUAGAGCUGCAGGGAGUGCCCAGUGACGAGGUGCACCCCCUGCUGGGCGUGAAGGGGGACGGCAAGUCCAAGAAGAAGACGGCGGGACGGCCCAAAGGCUCCAAAGGGAGUCUGGUUUCACAGUCAUACAAACAACAUGAUAUUGGCGGUAUGGAUUGAUCUUUGCACCAAAAGAUCUGGAAAAACUACAGGCUGAACCAUAGAGCUCCUCUCUACGUUUAGCCUUCAAACCCCCGGAAAACACAAUUUAACUUUUUAGAAAAAUCCUGUGAAUAAAGUAAAAAUAAUUCUUAAUUUGCUUUCUGUUGAGCUGUGUGUGCGAUCUCUUAAUCUCUUUUAUUGAUAAGAUAAUCUGAACAGCCAUUGUCCUUUUUGUAAGUUUUUUUAUAAGUAUAUAUUAAAGCUGUGGUUAUUA